AUGGUUCUUGAUCUUUCAAACCUCUCCACCAACAUAAUUUCGGGUUUAGGCCCCCUGCUCGCCCUUUUUGGCGAACAAGUGGCCAAACAAUUCAUGUCUGAGUCCACAGGAUUUUCCGACAACAUCUUAUUUGCCAUGGCCCCUAUCGGAAUUAUAACAGCAUCUGUCGGCGCAAUUCGGAUUGGAGGACCGAACUGGAUGAAGGCAGUCAUCGGUCGUGCGAGAGAGAAUAGGGCGAUUGCCGAGAUCGAAUUAAUGAGUAGCACGAGUCAUGAGGUAUGCGAGUUGUGGAACGGCCAGCAAAUCGUCAGGAUCAUGGGGGCCCCGCCGAUACGAGAACUCAUAUGUAUUACACAUAAUGGGGGAAUAGAAAAGUUAUAUACCCUUAAAGAGGCGAGGACUGAGGGGGAUAAUGCUGUGUUAAGGAAAAAAACGGGCGACAAAUUUCAACGUCUCAAUGGAAGGAUCGGUCAUUCCAUAUCCUCAUUUCUGUUACUACUAGUUGGGCACCACGAGAAGGCCGCCCUUGCUAACCUCGAAGACGGACGGAAGCCUAUUUCCCCACUCAAUUCUCGCAAUAAACGAUUGACGAAGCCCCAAAUAUAUCACUAA